UUGACAACCAAGUUAUAAUACUCUACUUUACUCUAAUCUAUACUCUUUACCUGAUCUGAAUUAUACACUGCUUUGGACAUAUUCUAUUACUUUCUGUAUUUGGUUGAUAGUAUUUAUAUUGACAACAGAUGUAAAAGAAAAAUUAUAGAGGUUGAUUCAGCUUUGAAGCUCAAAAUGCCGGAAUUCGACGAAAAUGUUUGGAGUCACAUGCAUCAAGCUGCAUACAGAGGCUUCAUCAAAUCUAUUCACCGGUUUGUGGAAGAAGACAGCUCUAUUCUUGAAUCAGAAUCGAACGACGAAUAUAAAGCCACUCCAUUUCUACUAGCUGUUGAAAGUGGUACCCUAGAAACAGUGGAAUGUCUGCUAGGACUAGGCUCUAAAAUCGAUGCUAUUAACAGCCGAAAUCAUGGUGCUGUUGAAAUCUGUGCUUUACGGGGAUAUACAAGUCUUCUCAUAUAUUUUGUCAAUAAGAAUGACGAGAAACUACCAGUAUGGAAACGGUUAAUACAGUAUCUGGCUUCUGAUAUGGAAGCGGAUGUCAUAGCAGCUGGUAAAUCACUAACUCAACUCACAGAUGCGUCCACUCAAGAUUACCAGGACCACCGUAGUCAACUGAUAGCUAAAGGAGCAAUACCUACCACCAUAAGCUUUGUGGGAUCUUCUCUAACAGAUCAAACAAAGGCCGAUGGUAUCAAGUUUCUACUGAAUCUUUUAGAAUCUGAAGAUGUUCAGGAAACAUUUGUGAAUGCCAGUGGUGCCCAAGCUUACAUUAAGCUCCUAAAAUCAACAAAUGAAACUAUUAUCAAAUUAUCUGCCAUGGUGUUAGAAAAACUUACUGCAAAUAAAAACCAUGCCGAUUGUGUCGUGAGAUAUACUGCUCUUCCUGCGUUGUAUAAAGUCAUCCAAAGUAUCAAAACACCAGAUGUGUUGGUUCCAGUACUGAACGUGUUCUCAAAUGUGGCAAUCGCCAACACAUCACACCAAAAAACUAUUGGAACUUUACCAAACUUCUUUGAAAACUUUGUGCUAAUCGGUAAGGAUAAUGCAGAUGGUGAUAUGAUGAAGGCGUAUACCGAGGCCGUGGAUAACAUUGUUAGGGAUGAGAGAAAUAAUCAAAACGCGUUCAUUGCUGCUGAAGGAACAGAGAUCUUGAUGGAGGCGUUGGUAAGACAUUCAAGAAAUAAAGAUGUUCAGCUAAGUACUGUAGAAGCGAUUCAUUCACUUGGUGAAAACAAUCCUUCAGCCCAAGAGACUAUCAGUAAUAAAGGUAUACAGAAAUUAUUGAUGCAGAUGUUAAGAAAAAGUCGAGCUGAUGAAAUACAGGAGAAAACAGGCAUGGCUUUAUGGGCUCUUGCAGGGAAUGAUAUUGAAAAACAAAGAAAGAUGGCAGAGGGAAUUGGUGUGACCAGUUUAAUAGAAUUUCUUAACUCUAAACGUGAAAACCUACAUUAUAUUAGUUCAGAAGGAUUAGGGGUGUUGGCACAAGGUCCGAUCAGCUUACAUGAAGAAAUAGCCAGCGCCAAUGGUAUUCAACCUUUGAUAAGACUGUUAGAAUCGGACAAGGAUUUUUACAAUAUCAUAUUAAGUGUUAUAAGAACUUUACGAUAUCUGAGUGUUGGUGUUGGUAAUGUACCAUUCACAGAGAACCAGUUAUCAAUAGAUAAAUGUGGUGGUGUUGAAAUUCUGAUACAGUUGUUACUCGAUGGUCAAGAUGAUUUGAUCAAGGUUGAAGCUGCUGUUACUUUAGCACAUGUUGCUCUUGGUAGAGAAAACAUCACCUCUAAAAUAAACAGUCAUCCUGAUUUUAGUUUUAUCAGAAUAUUAAAGAUGAUGUAUGCUAAGGAAGACAUGGUACGAUUAUUAGCAGGGUCAGCAUUAGCAACGUUCGCCUAUAAUAAUGUUAAUCAACAAAAAGAGAUUUCUCUCCAGGGUGGUGUUAGGUUCAACUGCUUUGUUCCUUUUCUAAAAUCAUCAGAUGAGUUUUACAGAUGCAAUGCAGCAUAUCAGGUGGUAGUAUUGGCCUUGAUAAUACCAGAUGAAGAACAAGCCACAUCAUCAGCCGUUGGAAUCAAACUAUUGGUUGAAUUAAUACAAGACUCUAAAUCAAACCAGAUAUUAGCAUUAGCAGCUGAUUGUAUUGCCAGACUUGCCCAUACUCGUGCUGGUGUACCAGCAGCCAUUGUUGCAAUCAAUGGUAUCGACUUUUUAUUUGAGUUAUUGAAUUCUGGAACUGUUCCUGUAGAAGGCUGUGCUUCCAUAGCUUUGUCCUAUUUAUCAUAUAACCAUACUGGAGAACGACGGCUUCUGUAUAAGUGUAGGACGGAUCCCUAUUUAAAGAAAAUUUUAAAUAGAUACACAAAAGACAAACAUCGGUUGUCUGAAGAUUUUAUUGAAGGUUGGAAACAUUUUAAAAGGGUCGGAAUUCCCCCCAUACCGGACGACAGAAUCAAAAAGUUUGAACCAGCUGAUGAAAUACAACUUCAAUUAAAUGCGGAAUCACCACGAGGGACAACAACUGGUGUCGAGUCGUCCAGCAACCAUGUUGAAGAUGUUGCUUUAAGUGAAAGAUCAGCUAGAUCAUCUCUUACACCUCAGCGAUCCACUACUACCAGUUCAUUCCAGGAGACACAGACUUCUGUACCGGCAACUCGAACACAUAGUAGUGUCAGUUUUAAUUUAUCGCAACAAGAAAUGGUUUUACAAGAGGGUUAAACAUAAUAUGGGUGUUAAUGAACAUUAUAUUUAAAUCUAAACUGCAUUUAUGUGGUUAAAAGCUUUAAAGUAGUGAUGGGCGUCUUAAAUAGUCGCCGGUAUAUUGAAUCUUGCCGAAUAAAGUUUUCGGUGCGAGAUUAUCGAUAGAAUACAAAAUAUGAUAAACGACCUGCACUACAGUAAUCCAACACCUUACGGAGACUUCGUCUAUUUGGACCCCGGGGUGAAUUAUUAUUGUUAUAACAAUUUUAGACGAAAUCCAUGUUGUUAUAUUCCAAUGUUUUGCCGUCCUUAAAGUGAAUUUUUAAAUCCCCAGAAAUCUUCCAAAGCUAUGCUUUUUGUAUAUUGAAUACACAUUUAAAUCAAAAUUUUAUAUAAUCUCAGGGUAUACAACUAUCAAAAUAAUAUUGUAUUAUUAAUAUAUACAUUUAUACAAAGACCCAAGUUAUUUUCCUUAGUAAAAUGAUGCCAACUUAUGCAGGAACCUCUUGCUUAUACUAAUAAUAUUGUAACCUGUCCGUUAUCUUACAUCUGUUAGUCAUCACCUUCAUUCUUAUGACCUCUUAUGAGACAUCUCCACAUUUGUUGAUGCACAUCCGGUUUAAAGCUUCACGCAAGACCCCCAACCUUUAUCUAUUUCUUUACCUUUUUGAAUUAUCUUUUUUAUGAUGAUUUGCAAUAGCUUGAAAUUUUCUCAUGAAAUGUUUCAUUUAAGUAUACCACUUUGAAUUGAACGAUUUCGCAAUUCACCACUUCAGAGCUAUUAGUUAAAGGCUUGAGUUUUUAAAACAUUUCGCAAUAUAAAGAUCUGUAUGCC